AGACAAGAGGGGGGGGGAGCAUCAUGCCGAGCCCGCGCGCACGGAGCCCGAGGAGACGCACAUAGAGACGGUUACCCGCUGUUCCUGCUCCUGAGGAGGGUCUCCGUGAUGGGGAAGUGACAUCUCCACGGGACGCUCCAGACAGGCAGGUUGUUUUUGGAUAAGGGCUCGCGCGUAAUUGCGCACAAGAGAGUGUCCACUCCGCAGCGCCCUCCCCGACAUGGAUCAGACCCAGCAGCGCGUGGCCAUGUAUCUGCUGCUGCUCUCCCUGGGGCUGCUCACGCAGAGGGGGCUCUGCCAGCACUACUACCUCCUGCGCCCCAUCCCCAGUGACAGUCUGCCGCUGGUGGAGCUCAGAGAGGACCCGGACCCCGUCUUCGACCCCAAGGAGCGGGACCUUAACGAGACGGAGCUGAGGAGCAUCCUGGGGGACUUUGAAAGCCGCUAUCUGUCCGUGCUGCCGCCCGCGGAGGACCGGUACACCGGGAACGACGAGCUGGACGACUUUGAGGCGCCGCAGAAGCCCGGCGGACUGCUGCCCAAGGAGAUCCGCGCGGUGGACUUCGAGGUCCAGUUCGGCAAGAAGCACAAGCCCAGCAAGAAGCUGAAGCGGCGGCUGCAGCAGUGGCUGUGGGCGUACUCCUUCUGCCCGGUGGUGUACACGUGGACCGACUUGGGGAACCGGUUCUGGCCGCGGUUCGUGCGCGCCGGCGGCUGCCUCGGCAAGAGGUCGUGCUCGGUGCCGGAGGGGAUGGUGUGCAAGCCCGCCAACUCCACCCACCUGACGGUGCUGAGGUGGAGGUGCGUGCAGAGGAAAGGGGGACUCAAGUGCGCCUGGAUCCCGGUCCAGUACCCGAUCAUCACGGACUGCAAAUGCUCGUGUUCGAGUUAAAGAGACUGACUUAUAAAUUAUAAGCUUAUUAUUUUUGUGAUUUGUUUAGCUGUUGGUCACGUGCACUGCAGAGCGUCGGAGUGCGUGUCGAUGCUCUGCGUUCUCCAGCUCCUGUGCAGUCAGUGUUGGUAACAGAGCCCAGUGAGGAGAACACGUGGUGAUGUUGUGUUCAAGGAGGCGCGGACACACAAGGACUGGCUGUGUUUUGUCUUUCUCCUCCAUAUUUUGGGGAAAGCAGAUCGACCUCAAGAGUUAAACGUGGACUUAUCGAUCCUUGUUUUUAUCCUGUAAAUUAAGGACAUGUGCUAUUUAUUCUUUAUAUUCGUACAAUAAAACACUGAAAUGAC